UUUAAGUUCAAUUAAAUACAAAUAGUCGGCGGCAACGCAUUCGAGGCUCGUACCCAAGACGUGCAUUCCCGUCGUUGCGUUUAUAAUUGGCUUAAAAGCGUGCAUACAUAUGAGUGCAUAUAUGUAGAAAUCAGGCUGGUGAUAAUUAAGAUAUCAUAGACUCAAACUAUGUAUUUUAAUUCAUAAAAGUGAGCUAGCUGGCAAAUUCUUAACCACAACAAAUAGAUGUCGUCGAAGCAUUAUAUUAAUAUAUUAAUCGACAGCUUAGUACGUUAGUAACUAGUAUGAAUGUAUUCAUGUUUGAAAAUCGCCCGAUCAUUUGUGCAAUGCAAACAUGCAUAAAAUAUUCAUUUUGUUAAGAGUUUAACUAGUGCAGGACUUGAAGAGCAAUCGCGACACGAGCAUUCCGAAAUCGCUGCUGUUUUUCACACCAUGGACAGAAAUGCAAUACAAACAAAAAGGAAACGGCAAAUACUGAAUGAAACUGAAUGCAUUUCUCUCCAUUUCUAUUACUAAUUAUUUUUUUGGAAUGUACUUUAAGUGAUGAGUUGUUAACAAAGACAAUACUUGGCGGAAAUGCUUCUAUGGAUUAAGUAAACGAAUAUCACCAGCAAGGGAUCAGCUCGAAUAGCGAGAUUUUUAUUAAUAUUUUAUAAGAUAGUAAGUUUUUGGAAGUACCUGAAGAUCCUUUGACGAUCAGAAGCCUGCGAUUAAAAUGAAGACUGCCCCAAUGACUCAGACACAAUUCUGCGUGAGGACCUUAGCCUCCGUCACACUUUUGUUGCUCACCGGAUUAUUGUGCACAGAAGGAAGUCAUUCGUUACCAAAUAUACAAGGUCAAAGCGAACCUGAUGAAGUGGGACCGCACUUUUUGGCACAACUAACAAAUAUAACCGUACCACAAGGACGUGACAUAUCAUUCACCUGCGUUGUCGACAACUUGGGACAAUAUCGAGUGGCAUGGAUUAAAUCAGAUUCAAAAGCAAUACUUGGUAUACAUACACAUAUGGUAUCCCUAAAUCCAAGAUUAUCAGUGACACACAAUGGACACAACACCUGGAAACUUCACAUAUCCCACGUGCAGCUAAAUGAUUCUGGCAGCUACAUGUGUCAAGUGAAUACAGAUCCCAUGAAAAGUCUGUCUGGCUAUUUAGAUGUCGUGGUUCCACCUGAUAUUCUAUACCAUCCCGACGAAAACAUUGAUGAAGGUGUUAGCACAGAAGGUGGCAGUAUUGCGCUACAGUGCAGUGCGACAGGUGUACCAGAACCUAUGGUCCAGUGGCGACGUGAAGGCGGAAAGGACAUCAUAAUAAGAUCGGAGAGUAGAGACAAGCAAGGUAUUAAAUUGCACCCUUACAAUUGUCCUGUUGUUUUAGCAUUCAAGUCGGUGGAAGGCGAGCGACUGACUCUCACAAAUGUUCACCGUUCCGAUAUGGGUGGCUACCUGUGCAUAGCAUCUAAUGGUGUCCCACCUUCAGUAAGCAAACGUUUUGAUGUUCACGUAAAUUUUCCUCCAACUAUUAAAGCUGUUAAUCAGUUAGUAGGAGCACCGGUUGAACGAGAAGUUAUAUUGGAAUGCAUAGUGGAAGUUUAUCCGAAGCCGCUUAAUGGCUGGUACCGAAAUGAAGGUAACGUUAAACUGCAUAGCAGCAACAAGUAUAACAUAUCUGAAGCGAUGAUUAACCUGUACACGUGGCACCUCAAUUUGACGAUACGACACCUGACAAAGGCUGACUUUGGCGCUUACAGCUGUUCUAGUGUGAAUGCUCUUGGGAAGAGUGAAACGCGAAUUCGACUGCAAGAAUUACGAUUACCGCCCAAGUCGACAACGACACCAACACCUCACGUUUAUACUACGGCCAAGCCGCGUCGGAAGCAGCAGCAGCAGCCCAGCCACAACAAGGGACUGAACGAAGUGGUGCGUGCCAAGGAAACCCAUUUCUCAAAUCAAAUGCAGCAAGAGAACGAUGUAUUCGGCAGCGGGAUUGGUGUGCCCCAGAGCGCCAACGGCGGCGGUGCCGGUGGUAUUGUGGCAAGUGGAAACGUCAACGGCAUGAUAAACGGAGCGGAAGUACAUACGCAACUUCCAGCACGCAACGGAUACGAAAAAACAUAUAAGUCGCCGGGUGCCGUACCGUCACCUAGCACGCCUUGGAUGUUUCCAAGUGCGGGGUCACAGCUGCUUGGCACAGCCACGAUAACGACUAAUGCCCUGGUGGCUCUUUUUUGCAUAUUGUCUAUGUAUUUAGUUAAGCUCAUUUAAAAUUAUGCUUCCAACGAAAUCCACGCCAGACUGUAACAACCGGGAUGCAGACAAAAAAAGCAGGCGCGCAAAGAGCCAGUGCCGCAAUACGAACACUGCAGAAUAUUGGGUUUGCAGAACAAAAACAAGAAGGGUUUGACUUGGCCUUUUCCAAAGGUUUUCAAUUGUCUAGUCAUUUCAUAGCCAGCAAUGGUUAACUUUACUUGCACUAGCACACUUAUGAACCUAUCUACGUACUCAUGUAAGAUUUUAAUAGUGCUAAUUGUACUAUAUUGCCAAAAUUAAGCAAAGCACAUAACGAACCAAAAAUAGUUCUACAAUAUAUUCGCCAAAAACAUGAUCACAAAUG